AUGAAUAGGUCAAACAGUAGAAUUAAGCAACAAAAAAAGUCCACUAAUAGCCAAAGCAGGAACAAUAGUCGCUAAAUUCUUGAAAAGUCUAAAACAUAAACUAGGAAUAUCAAGAUUGAUAAAUAAGAUAAAUUAAUUGUAAAUGCUAAAAAAGGAGUUAACGUUGGCAAGAGAACUGGAUAGCAGAUAAAGAAGAAAGAAACAGGUUUAAAUUACGAUGGAACUGAAAGGUUGAGUGAUUAUUUCGCUCAAUAGGAUGGACUAUCAAUUGAUAGCGAUUAAAAUGAAAUUGUCUCAGAUAAUUUUGAAUAACAAAAGGGGGACUUAAAAGUUAGUAGCAUCAGUGAUUUAUAAGAUGAUUCUUAAAUUAUUUAGCUCUUCAAUAAUAAGAGAGAUAGUCUUGAAUUCAAUCUUAGUCCAGAAUAAAGUCUUUAUGAUAGAAAGAGUAUUGAUGGCAAUUAAUAAUCUAAAAAAUUACGUAACUAACAAAACUAAAUCUAAGCUGAAAAUAACAAUUUGUUUGAAACGAGUAAAAAAAAUGUUAACAAGUCAGACCGUAGGAAGGAAUCUAGUUUAGGGUUAAAAUCUUUUACAAGUAAUUUACUUGAAAUCCCUUCCACGAACAAUCGAAAAACAAGCUCUUUUCGUCUCUAAAGGUCUUAGAAUUCAAAGUAUAGAAAUUCUAUAGCACUUUCUUCAAUACCUAAAAUAAGUAGAUUUAGUGGGAGAAUUAAUGAUAAUGGCAGUGAUGUAAGCUCAGACAGGUUAGAUGAUUUCGAAUUACUUGGAUAACUCUCUAAUUUACCUCCAGAAUUAGUAGCUAAGAGUAUAUAGCAAGGUACCUCGUUGGAUGAUACACCUUUUACUAAAAAUAUUGAAGACUUCGAAAUCACUCUCUCAGAGAGUGAAAUCAGUCAAUAAAAUUAAUAAAGCAACUCAAUAUUUAGAGAUGAUAGAAGAAAAUCUGAAAAUUAGAACAAUAGAUAAAAGAAUUUUAAUGAAUAAAAUAUUGGUUUAGAUGAUGAAGAGGAAGAAGAAGAAGAGAUAUAGCAACUACUGAAAUAAAACAAACAAAUAAUAAGCUAAAUAUCACAAAGAAAGAAAAUGAAUAAUUCUAAUAGUUUUAAUAGCUAUUUGCUAGACAUAAGUGAAUCAAAGAUUUACAAUAAAAGUGAUAAAAAAAGUAAUAAUGUUUAUGAUUUUGGUAAAAUAAGUCCAAUCCAAGAAAUCAACACAUAACAAUCGAAUAAAAAUGAAGACUCGUUUAGAAAAAAUAAAAAUGAAAUGGCAAAUAAAUCUUUAGACAACUUUAUGGAAAUUGUUAAUCCUAAUAAAUAAAAUUUAAAUGAAAAAAAAUAAAUGUAAUCAGAGUAAUAUAACGAAGUUCGAGGUUAGUAAAAUGAAAAUGAAGAUUUUAUUUUAUCUAAAAAUGUUCCAAAUAAAAAUAAUUAGAAAUAGGAGAAUUAAUAAAAUCUUAAAAUGCUAAAGCCAAACCAAAUGUUAGAUGAAAAAGAAGAAAUUAAUUAAAAUUUUUAAUAUAAAAAAAACUAAAGAAAUAAUAAAAAAAAAUAACUACAAGAAACUCAGGAUAUGAGUGUAGAAGAUCAAGUAGAUAUUUAAAUUUAAGCAAAAAAUAAGUAAUAAAAGAUUAAAUAGCUUAAAAAAAAUAGAGUGAGCUUAGAUUCUAGUGAUAUUUCUUUGUAGAUAAAAGAACAAAGUGAUAGUGCAAAUUAAAGUAAAAACUUAGAAACUAAUGAGGAAUUAUAAAAAAAACUACUCAUAGAUCAAUACAUUAAAUAAAAAAGGGGUUCAACUGACUUUCAAUUCUCAAAUCAACAAGAAAAUAAUCAAAAAAGAAUUUCUGGAUUUAAUAAUUAGUAAAAAAUUACCUUAAACUAAUAAGAAAAUCAGCUUAAUUAAAAUGAGAAUAAUGAUUUAAAAUAAUUAGAAAAAAAUGAAAUUACCUAAAAUGUUUAAAAUACAAAGUUAAAAAAUGCUAAUUUAGAAUAAAAUAAAAAUAAUUAAGAAAAAAAUAAUUCAAAUUAAAAUGAAAUUAAUGUAAAUUAAAGAGAGAAAAAUUCAAAUUAAAAAGAAAAAAAUUCAGAUUUAUUAGACAACUGUAUAGUUUAAUAGGUUAAUAACGAAAACAUAAAUGUAGAAAAUAAACUUUCUCUUCCUCCUACUAUGAAAGUUGACUCAGAUCAAAAAUAAAAUUAUGAAUAUGAUUUGAAUUCUCAUAGCUAUAAUGUUGAUAAUGAUCUUAAUAUGGAAGUAAUGUAAAAUUAGAGUUAUUUUGAAUAAUAAGGAAGUCAUUUAUAGAUAGUUGAGUAAGAAAUUAGUUUUGAGAAAAAUAAAUAAUCAUCCUAAAAUAAGAAAAUGGAUGUAGAAAAUGAGGGAGUUAUUGAUUAAUUUAAUUUACCUGAAGAAAAUUUAAUCCGUCGUAAAGCAGGAAGGCCAAAAAGAAAACGAAUAACUCCUUAAAAACUUAGAAAUAAUUCUUAAUCAGCUCAGGAAUCAGAUGUUGAAACCGAAGUAAGCAAUGACAGUAUUUAAGGAAAAUAAAAUAAUAAAAAGUAAAAGAAAAAAUCUCAAAAUAACUCAUAAGUGAGCUCUGUCAGUUCUCAAACAUCAACUUCUAAGUAGCUUAAAAAAAUAAUCAGGAAAUAAUCUUAAAAGAAUAAUUCUAAGUAGAUAUUAUAACAGUAUGAAGAUUUUUAUGCAAAAGGGUUCUAAAAUAAAAUUGAAGUUGAAGUUAAAGCAGAAACUUCAUCUUUUGGGAAAGAUGGAAGAUAUCCGGUUAGAAAUAGAAUAAGGCCACUUGUUAGUUGGAGAGAAAGGGCUGUGUAUGGAAAAGAAGGUUUACUUUAUAUUAUCACGGAUUAAAGCUUAGAAAAACUUGAUUAUGUUAACUAUACUGUACCUGGUUUUUCAGAUGUACGUGAACCAAGACUCCACAAAAAAAACAAUAAAAAAGCUAUUAAUAAAAAUACAAGCUAGUCAUACAAAAGCCUUGAUUAAAUUAAAGAAGAAGAAGCUGAUGACACAGAAAUGCUCAAAAAUACUGAAUCUUAAAAAUAUGAAAAAAAUGAGAAAGAAUCAGCAGGUACUAAAAAGCUUUCUAAUAGAAACUCAAAUUUUUCAAGUGAUAAAAGAAUAAAAUCUAAAAGUUAAUAAAGGAAAUCUCUAGAAAGAGGUCGAAGUGAAGACGACGAUGAUGAUGAUGAUGAAAUACCAUCAUAGAAGAAAAAUUAAAAAAAUAAAAACACUAAAAAUCACUAAAACAAUAUACCAGAAAAAUCAAAAUCGUAAUCACCACUAUCAAAAGCACAACUAAAAUCUCCUUUGGAUUAAAAAAAUUAAAAUUUUAAGGAUAAAAAAAAUUAACCACGAUAGAGAUCAAGUGAGUCUUCUGUAGACAAUAAUGAUUCCAAAUUGCAAAAGUAAGAUUAAAAGAAUAAACAAUAAACCCAAAGAAAAGAAAAACAUGUUGAAGAAAAAUUUAAUAAAAGAGAUUAAGUUGAUUUAGAUUUUAUUUAAAAUCUUUUUAGUUUAGAGAAAAUAAGUUAAUAUAAUAUAAAAAUAUUUGAAUCCUCCACUAAUAUUCUAAAGUUUAGUCUGGCUUUAAACCCAGGCUUAGAGAUACAGUGCUAGAAAACUAAAUAUGCAAUUGAAGUCAAAGUUAUAGAAUGUUCAUGGAAAAAGCUGUUAAUCUGUAUAGAAGAUUCAACUAAUUAUUUGAAACAGGAUGACAAAAAGCUAAUUAAGAAGGACUAAUACUUUUCCCUAAAAUACAAAGAGAAAGAAAAUAGUAAAAAUUGUUAAUUAUUAAUAACUAUCUUUAAAAAUUAAUUAAAUUCUAAAUCCUCCAAGUCUUGA